AGGCAAUCCACAGAAGACUACUGAGAGAGACAUCAGAGGUGAAAUUUUCUAGUCCUAAGGCAGAAUAUAUGAGAAAAGCCAUAUUUCCUAAACUGAGUUCUGCAUGUUCCAGGUAAAUGUCACCCACACAAAAAAUGAAGACCUCUUUCGCCUACCUGUUGCCAUUGAUUCUGCCUAUGGUCAGUGCCCAGGUAGCACACUGGGGGCCUUGUCCGGAACCAGCUGUUCAACAGAGCUUCAACCUGCAGAAGUAUCUUGGAAAGUGGUAUGAAAUUGCCAAACUGCCGGCCCAGUUUGAAAAAGGAAGCUGCAUUGAAGCCAACUACUCAAUACGGGCUGAUGGAACCAUCAAAGUGUACAACUCGGAAAUACUAAAAGGAAAGUUGCGAUCAAUCGAAGGGACAGCAGUGGUGCAGGAUAUCAAUGAACCUGCUAAACUGGCUGUCAGCUUCUCCUAUGUCACGCCGUACACUCCAUACUGGGUCCUGUCCACGGACUACGAGCACUCUGCACUGGUCUAUUCCUGCACUGAUGUCUUGAGGUUGUUCCACUUUGACUUUGCCUGGAUCUUGAGCCGCAUGCGCUCCCUACCACCUGAGACCAUCCAAAAGGCUAAAGACCUUUUCACCAACAGCAGCAUUGAUAUCAGCAAGAUGAUCAUGACCCAGCAGCAAGGCUGUGACCUAGAACUUUGAUUGACCAGAGUGGUAGUGGUCAGUUUCAGUGUGUUGUGGGUCAUAGAUACAAGUGCAACCGCAGAAUUUGUUGUCUUCACUGGAGAGUACCAGCAAUGUGACAGAUGUAUAAAAACACAUGAUGCUUAAAUACAAUUUAUCAUUUGAGUUAUAGCAAUACUUUAACUGCCUUUUUCAAAUCUUUUUCUAAACCUUAAAUCAAUAUAUACUAAAGUAACACACAGUGAACUUUUAAAACCUCCUAAACAGUUCAACAGAUAAUGAGAUAAUUAAUUAAUUUCAGCAAGUUAAAUCACAUGAUCCUCAACUAAUUGUUCUUACCAUUACUGCAUUUAUCUUUUGUAGUCUACUGCCCCACGGUGGAAAUAGUGGAAAAAAGGAAAUGAUGAAGACUUGCGCUAUAACUAUGAAACUUGCUAGUUCUUUUCCAGAAUAACAUUGAACCCUGAUUGUAUUAUGGGCCUUUAAAUGCCCAUAAUGCUUGGUCAGUCCCAAUUUUAUCAGCAGAAGUGCUAAUCCAAAGGCAGCAAACUGCAGUGGCAGAUAAACUACAGGGAUGAAACAAUAUACAUGCAUUAUACUGUAUAUUAGAAGUUCCCUACACUUACUUACCUGACAAAGUUUUGCAGAUAUAUUUCUUUGAUGCAACUCUGGUUUCAGUACAACUUUCUCCUGUGUAUCUAUAAUGUUAGUGAUUUGUCACAAUGUAAGAUGUGUAAAAUGCAUCUAAUGUAAUAAUUUAUCCACACCUCUAAAUGAUGUUCAUGUUUCAUUAGAUGACUUUUCUUAAAUUGAAAAUGGAGUCUCAUCCUAACGGCAACAUUCUUGUGAGUGUAAAUACAGUAAUGAGUACUUCAUAAGAAAGGUACAUGUUCUAUUCAAAAGAGUGGUUCAGAAUGAUGUGGAAGUGAUAUAAUUAACACAACAGCAACAAAUGGUCAAAUCGUGAAAUAUGUUUUUUCAAUACCUUAAGAACAAAAAAUAA